AUGGCUUUCAUCGAAUUGAUCGUCGGACUCCGCAAUUUUGGUCGCCGAGAUAAAUUCUUGCCUCCCGGGCCGCCCACCGUCCCGAUUCUCGGAAAUGCACACUUGAUGCCGCGGAAGAAUUUCUAUGCAAAACUCAAAGAAUGGGCCGACGAAUAUGGCUCAGUCUACUCACUAAAGGUCGGACGCACGACUAUGAUCGUCCUUAAUGAUAGACAGGCUAUCCACGAACUGUUGAAUCAGCAGGGGGCGCUCUACAAUGAUAGACCUCGAGACCAACAGGUUUUGGCCUCAACAAGAGAUGAGAACCCUGCUCUCAUGCAUGAGGGCCCCGAGUGGAGAGCUGAGAGGAAGCUCAUCGCUCAGUACUACUCGCCCAAGAAUCUUGACAGCGAAUUAAAAAGCAUUCAAGAGGCAGAGGUCUGUCAAAUGUUGCAUGAUUUGCUUGAGAAGCCAGAGAGUUUCAAAACACAUGUGCAGCGAACGACAGCCUCGAUUGGCACUGUCACUCUGUACGGGCAACAUGCGCACAAUUUUGAAAGUUUCUGGGCUCAUGCUGUCUAUAUUGCAAUGUUGGCAAUCUCAAAGGCUGUUGAGCCUGGAACUUACCUCCCAGUUGAUCAGUUCCCCAUCCUGAACCUCGUCCCCGACCGCUGGAAUAAGCCUAAGCUUCGGGGAAUGGAGUAUUACAAGACAAUCACUGGUAUUUGGACCGAAGCGUACGAUCGCGUGGAAGCCAGACGUGCAAAGGGCGACAAGCGUGAAUCACUGAUUGACAGACUACUCAACGAAGACAUCAAGUCCGAUGCGCCGCUUUCACAUACGCAGUUCAACAACUUCGUUGGAGGCACACAGAUGGGCGCGGCUGACACGACGGCUACACAAAUUCUUACGAACAUCCUCUUCCUGGCGAAGAAUCCAGAAUUUCAAGAAAAGGCCCGCGUUGAGCUUGAUGCGUUGUGCGGGACCGAUCGUCUUCCUCAAUGGGAAGACUUCAAUGACCUGCCAUAUAUCAACUGCAUCAUCAAAGAGGCCCUACGAAUCAGACCAGUUGUUCCAACUGGCGUACCCCAUCUCGCCAAGCAAGACGCCUGGUACAAGGGCAUGUUGAUCCCAAAGGGCAGCGUCGUGAUGAUCCCGCCGAGCGCUCUCAAUCACGACAGCAAACACUUUGACGAUCCUGAGGCCUACAACCCGGACCGCUAUCUUGCUUCGGCCUCGAAAUUAGCUUCCGAGCUCGCCGCAUCGCCGGCGUACGAUGAGCGCGACCACUACACCUAUGGUGCUGGGCGGCGCAUGUGCCCCGGUAUCCACAUGGCCGAGCGGACUCAGUGGCGAAGUGUCGCUCAGAUGCUCUGGGCUUUCAAGAUUGAGAAGGAUGGCGUGCUGGAUACGAGUUAUGAGUUCUACGAAGAAGGCUUCGUGCAUGCGACGAAAGAUUUUAAAGUUCGCUUUAUCCCACGGAGUAAGAGGCAUGCUGAGGUUAUACGGGAGAAGUACGUUGAGACUCAAGAGUUUCUCAAGCAGUGGGACUAG